GACCUGGAAGCCACGCCCUCCCCGGCUCUCUCCCCGGGCACCACCUGUCAAUCGGCCGCUGGGCAAUGGUUGGGGAUGAAGGCAGGAAGGUAUCGGAGGAGACGGGGUUGAAGCAUCCUCCGCUGCAGUGAUGUUAAGGAGGCUUCUGGGCCCACCCCACUGGACGCAGCGAGUGAGGGAGGUGGAGGUGCCCCGGGACCCGGAGGGGCGGCUGGAGCUGUGCCUGCAGGGCGGGGCCGAGAACGGGCGUCUGCUGACCUUGGCUGCCGCCCCUGUGCCGGGCACGGGAAGAUCCCGCGGUGGCGAGCUGCUGCUGGAAGUGAAUGGCGCCCCCGUGGCCGGGCUGACCCUCCGUGAUGCCCUCGACCUCCUGGAGCAGCUGGAGGGCCCGGUGCACAUCAAGACCGUCCCGCCAGGCUCGCAGCUGAACGCGGACCUGAGGCACUUCCUGAAGCAGGCCUUCGCACCGGGCACGGCGGACAGCGAGCUCCAGGAGACCAUCCGGCGGAACCUCUCCCUCCGUGCCAUGCCGUGCACGACGCGGGUCCCCCGGGAGGGGGAGGUGCCGGACGAGGACUAUCACUUCAUCACCCCCUCCGAGUUCCAGGCCCUCGACCGAGCUGGCGGUCUGUUGGAGAGCAGCAGGUUCAAUGGGAACUACUAUGGGACCUCAGUGCCCCCCUUGGUGCCCAUUGACCAAUCUCUGAGCGUGGACUUGACCCAGCUGAGAUAUGCCCAGCGCACCAGGUCCCUGGUGAACCUGGAGAAGGAGUCCGGCCGAGCAGGAGGGGUCGUGGAGACCAGGGGGGCUGGCAGUGGCGAGCAGGGAAGAGAACCCGGACACACACCUCGCCCGGCCAACGUGAACGAGGGUCCCACGCUGGAGACAGGGAGAGAGGAGCUCACCGGUACAGGUGGGACGUUGGAGGAGAGCAGAGGCACCGCGGCUGGAACAGCUUACGGUGUGGAGCCCCAUAACUCCGAGAGGAUGGGUUCCAGUGUGAAGGAUGCCCCGUCUCCCACCGACGUCUCCCACAUGCCUGGGCACUCCGUCUUCACCACCGUCACCAAGACCAACCACACCUUCGGCUUCACCAUCGCCGGCGGCAACCGCCGCUCCGAGCUGCUGCAGAUCGUCAGCGUGGCACCUGGGGGCCCAGCCGACCGGAACGCUGACCUGCGCAUCUACGACGUGAUCGUGGCCAUCGGCGGGGCCUCGGUGCUGGGCUCCACGCACGGCCAGGUGGUGAGGCUGUUCCAGGGGGUGGCCGAGGGCCAGCCGGUGGGGCUCCACCUGAGGCGGGGCUUCCCCCCGCUCUACGACGUGGAGCCGCGGCUGCUGUCGGAGGCCAAGGCCCGGGCCGCCCGAGCCUGCGGGCCUGGCCCCCAGUACACCCUGCUGCCCCUCGCCGUCAUGCAGAGCCCCGCCGGACCUGGCUUCGCGGUGUCGUGGGGUGAGGACGGCGAGGCCCGGGUGUCGGCCGUCAGCGACUGGCGCUGCUGCCCGGACUUGCGGGAGGGCGACGUCAUCGUGCGGGUGAACGGGCAGCGGGUGCGCGGUCUGAGCGAGGCGCAGCUGGAGCAGGUGCUGGUGACGCACACCCGGGCCGGGGACACCAUCCUGCUGGUGCGGAGGGCAGUAAUGGAUGCUGGGGAUGGCCCAGGACUCUCUCCGGAUUCGGUUCGAUGCUCGGCCGAUGGUUCCGCACAACCUGCGCUCGUCUUCUCAGAGCCAGGGGCCGGAGAUGGAGGUGCUGAGGGAGUGGGCGGAGGCAGGCAAGUGGGACGGGAGCUCCCCAGUGCCGACACCAUGGGGCAGCCGCCCAGAGACACUGCCCCCCGGCGAGAUGAGGAGGGGUCCCGGCUCUUCACCUCCUCCAUGGAAGCAGUAAUCUGGGAUGAUUUGUUAAUAGGUGAGGAGAGAGACCUCCCUGCCAAAUGGGAAUCCCGAAAAGGUGAGGGUCGAAUUCGGAGCCGCUCGACUGCGCGGGGAAGCUCCGGGAAACAUCCGAGCGGAAUCGGACCAAGUCAGGACCUGGAGUACUACACCGUGGAGCUGGAACGAGGACCGACCGGUUUUGGGUUCAGUGUUCGAGGGGGCUCUGAGUACGACAUGGAUCUGUACGUGCUGGGGAUGAUCGCAGGCGGUCCGGCCAUGAACAGCGGUAAAAUCAGGGUGGGUGACCAGCUGGUGGAGAUUAACGGGGAGAAGACCCUGGGGCUGACGCACUCCCGGGCCAUCGACCUGAUCAAACAGGCGCACACCUCCCUCCGGCUACUGAUGCACUGCGGGAACGGACUGGUCCCGGAAUACGCUCCUGAGACGGCGGACGGGACGGAGGGAGGAUCCGAGGCCGUGUCCUCCAACCCGCAACAGCUGCUGUCGCUCAUCCUGCAAGCGGGGACGAAACUACAGCACUCUCUGCGGGAGACCCAGCCCCCUCCUGCAUCUCUACCCUCCUCCCGGCCGCACAGCCGCCAGUGGGAUGGCGCAGCUGACCCGGAGACGUCCCUGAACGAUGCUGCCAGCCCGGCCGUCCCGGCUCCUCUGAGCUCCCCAGUGGACGGGGCCGAUCCUCAGUCUCUCACUGACCAGCCCGGGCUCCUGGCCCUUCCCGGUUCCAGGCCCGAGCAUGCUGACUGUCUGUCGAGGCUGCAGGAGCUGGGUGAGCCAGUUGGGACUCGCCCACGGCAGCUCCCGACCCAGGAGCCCCCGUCCCGGGACGCACUCCCUCGGGAGCCCAGCCCCUCGCCCGGAGAGGAGAGCAGCAGCGGGACUGACCGGGAUAGCGAUGAAGAUGAGUGGUGCCCGGGGUCUGACGAGCUCGGCACCUUCGAGCGGCAGCGGCUGCUCAACUCGCUGGUGGGAGGGCGGCUGGAAGCUACCGAGCUCUCCGCUACGAGGGGCCGUGUCCAGUGUCGCGACGGGGGAUGGUGCCCGCAUUGCGGGCGGCGAGGGGGGCACCGGCUGAGGCCUCCACUACUUCCGGGGCCCUGGAGGGUGCCGGCGAGGGAGAGGCUGCUGGCCGAGGUGGCGGACUGGACUCCGGACUGA